AAAGCCCUUAAGAGCAUGGAUAAGAACGGAAUGAUAACUAUCAGCAGUAAAGACUGGAGCAACUACCCCAUGGUGGAGAAGACUGAGAACAUUCCUGAGAUUAUCCUCUACUGGAAACACUCCACGAUAUUCGAUGUGGGUGAGAACCUGAUGGUGCCUGAUGAGUUCACUGUAGAGGAGAAGCAGACUGGAAUGUGGUGGAGGCACCUGGUUGCUGGUGGAGGAGCUGGAGCGGUUUCACGGACGUGCACUGCGCCGCUGGACCGGCUCAAAGUCAUGAUGCAGGUUUAUGGAUCCCGAACCAACAACAUGUGCAUCAUGACCGGGCUGACGCAGAUGAUCAAAGAGGGUGGUAUGAGGUCGUUAUGGCGAGGCAAUGGUGUGAACAUCAUCAAAAGCCCCGAGUCUGCCCUUAAGUUCAUGGCAUAUGAGCAGAUUAAACGUUUAAUCGGUAGCGAUAACAAGACUCUGACCAUCUUGGAGCGAUUUGUUGCCGGAUCUCUGGCUGGAGUGAUCGCCCAGAGCACAAUCUACCCCAUGGAGGUCCUGAAAACUCGUCUUGCUCUGAGGAAGACUGGCCAGUACUCUGGUAUCUCGGACUGUGCCAAGCAGAUUUUCAGGAAAGAAGGACUUGGCGCAUUUUAUAAAGGCUACGUCCCCAACAUGUUGGGCAUCAUCCCCUACGCGGGCAUCGACCUGGCAGUGUAUGAGACACUGAAGAACAGCUACCUGCAGCAGUACGGCAGCAACAGCACAGACCCCGGCAUGUUCGUCCUGCUGGCUUGCGGCACCGUGUCCAGCACCUGUGGUCAGCUCGCCAGUUACCCUCUGGCUCUGGUCCGCACCCGCAUGCAAGCCCAAGCUGCGACAGGCGGCAGCCAGCAGGUGACAAUGACGGGACUCUUCAAGCAGAUCUUGCAGAACGAGGGCCCGACUGGGCUCUACAGAGGCCUGGCCCCCAACUUCCUCAAAGUCAUCCCCGCUGUCAGCAUUAGCUACGUGGUGUACGAGCACCUGAAGACACACCUGGGCGUGACAUCACGCUGAAACACCCCCUCUCAUUGUCCAGUUACUUCAGAGCGUGAAGUGACCCUCACCCCCUCCCACCCAAACACCACUACCCCUGUCUCCCAGUGGUCAUGCUAGAGAAUCCCAGGGACCUUUUGGCCCCUCUGAGGGUUCGUGUAGUCGUCUCAUUCUGUGAAUGUCAGCUGAUGAAAGGACACUGAAAGUUGGGAAAGCCAAGGUGGAGGAUAUGGACUCUGUGAGCUCAGGUUUUCGGGACUGCUGCUAUUUAUAUUUUAAAUAAGUUGCCGAGUAACAUGAGGAAUGUAAGUGAUUCUAAAUCGAGGACCAAAUGUUUGUGCUCUUCCUGCCAUUUGUGUUUUGGUGCCUGAGCAAGAGUCAAGGUGUUUUUUUUUUUUUGUUUUUUUUUGUUUUUUUUUGUUUUUUUUUUUUUUUGUUUUUUUUUCUCCAUGUUUUGACAUUUAAAGCUUUGAUCAGUCAGUUGAAGAUGCAUCGCUAGCACUCGUGUGGCGUAACUACUAAAAACUCUCAUUCAGAUAGUUUUUACAUGGCAGAUAAAGCAUUAAUAAGCUCUUAAGUUUUAUUGUUUAACGGUUCUGCCUGUAGGAAUAAAUAAUUGUGUUCCUAAAUGAGAGGAUUUUGCACAUGCGAGUUUGAUGGCUUUUCACCCCUGUCCUGAAUGAAUGAUUAGGAUUUUCUGAAUGACACUAGUGUAUUUAUUUCCAUCCAUCAUGUAUUUAUUUUAUUGUCUAGAAGACAGGAGGUAUAAUGUUGCAUGUUUUCUGUCUGUAGAGCCAAAUGUGUGAUUUUUAGCGAACACCAGGCAACAGCCUUAUCAUGUGGCUAUCAAACACUAAAUGUAGUUGUCUGGUGAAAUGCUGAAAAAGGGGUUGGAGUUCACACUCAUGAGUCACUGCUGCUGUUUGAGCAACUGAAAUGUUUGUGCAAAUAGCUUCAGAUUAUGUAUACAUGUCUUAAUGUUCACCUCAGGUUUAAGAGCAGAUUGUUUAAUUUGCAGAAGAGCACAUGUUUUGUUUUUUCUUUACGCAACAUAUAUACUCGAAAAAGAGGAGUGACGUAAUGCACUUUAAUCAAUGCUGGAAGGGUCUCUGAAUAAAUGUCGUUUCAAUUCAGGUAUUAAGAUUUAAUUCUUUUCAAAAGAAUAAGUUUUAGUAUUGUUUUAAUGGACCAUUUUGAUGCAAAUAAAUACAAAUUCUUGUAA